AGUCGUGUCAAAUAAAUAUACCAUGGCAAAAGGAGUGGAACAAUUGAAGAUAUUUCUUCAAAAUAUUGCAAAAAAAGAGAAUUAUCUACUCAGUAAAAUCGACAUUAAACCAAUCUCCUCUGGAGGAGCCAACUACACCACAGAUUUAUACUUGGCCACGAUUUCAGAACCUCUAAAACCGGAUAUAAAUAUUUUUGCCAAAGCCGCCAAUUUGAAUGAGGACGCAAGAAAAAACAAUGACUUCCUCGCCAGGGUAUACGAAACAGAAGCACUUUUUUACUCUGAAGUGGCCGUAAACUUCGAAAGACUUUACAAUAAGUGCCAAGUUCCUGUAGAAAAUAGGUUAUUAAUACCUAAAUAUUACGGGCACUUAUUAGUCCCUUAUGAGGAGCUUCUAGUUCUGGAAAAUCUUGAAGCAAAAGGAUUUAAGAGCUUUGAUAGAAUGAAGACUUUCAAUUGGGAUUAUGCAUCAACAGCUGUUACGCAGUUGGCUAAAUUUCAUGCUCUUGGACUAGCAUUGCGUGAUGAAAAUCCUCAUGAGUUCACAAGACUAGUUGGCAAUUUUAAAUUUGAUUUUUCCGAGAGCCAAGAAAUGAUGGACAUCUUUUUAAAAGCGGCGCUUGAGAAUGGAUGUGAAGGCUUGAACGGUGAUCAUAAGGAACGACUGCAAAAGUUUUUCGCUUCGGAGAAUAUAGCGAUGCUGAUGACAACGAUGUCGAAAGACGAAUCAUUUUUGAUUCAUGGAGAUUAUAGACCAAGUAAUUUGAUGCACAGGCGUCACAACGGAAAGCUGGAGAUAAUCCUUCUAGACUACCAGACCCUGAGGGGUGGAAACCCAGUAGGCGACCUGAUGCAUUUCGUCUUCUCUGGCUCUGAUGAGGAGUUCCGUCGUCUGCACUACCAACGGCUGAUGGACCACUAUUUCACGCAACUGACCUUGGCGUUGCAGCUGCUUAAUGUGGAUGUAGAGAAGAUGUAUCCUAGGGAAACCUUUGAUGCAGACCUAAUUAAGAUGAGACCCUUAGGUUUGUUACUGGGUCUAUCUAUGGCGGGGAUGAUAACAGUGGCCCCAGAAGAAGCGCCCAAGAUGGAUGGAGACCUAUCCAAAAUGCAUGUCAAACUCAACCAGCUCGCUCUGGAACGCAUACAUGGGAUCGUCAAAGACUACGUUCGAUGGGGAGUUUUGUAAAGAGUGCUUAAUAAAUUUAAUGAGGAUUUAAGGUAUA